AUGUUGCAGGUUCGAUGGCCAUUGGCCGUGGAAGGGUUGGCUGAAAUAAAAGAACCUGGACAACAAGUCACAGUCACUGAUGUGGUAGAAAAGAAAAAAGUGAAAAUAGGCAAUAACGAAGUCGACGUACGAGGAUUGGUUCAGACUUCACUCGGACUUGUUCCCAUCAGUUAUUUGGAGCCUAAGAACGGACAAGCGAACAGAUGGUGGUUAGGACGCUUAUCUCCGGUUGAGGUUGGCUUAUUGUUAUCAAGAGAUCCGGCACUCAUUAUGGGCAGUUAUGCAGUAUGUCAGCCUCCAGAAAUGGAUCCAUUAGCAGCUGACGAAUGGGCAGAAUUUGUGCUGGUUGUCAGGAAUAUAUCAGGUGACGUGGAUCAGUGGAUGUACGAGUGGGAAAUCGACUACAAGUUUAACCAGAGAUUUAGCAAAUCGUUCAAAAAGCGAAAAAUCGUAAACGACAUCAUUUGUGGCCCACCGCAUGGUGCGGUUCCGCCCAUCGCCUACUACGUCAUUAAACGAACACCAAUAGCAAAACGACUACUUUCUUUGGACAAGGAGCAAAAGGAGUCAUUGUUCAAAGCCUACUUGUACUACAACGGAAUCUACAGUCCGGCUACUAUUCGCAGGCUGCGACCUAAGCUUUUCAAUCAGAAGACUUUCGAUAAGGACAUUGAAAAAAUACAAGAAGGAAAUAUUAGAAAUGGUUACAGUUUUCUCUCACACAUUAUCGGACUCGGAUUCGAAGAAGAUGCUGAUGCUAUGGAGGGAACCGACGGAAGCGAUUUAGAGUGGCCGUGGUGGGCCCCGGAAUGUUUGAUGCAUCGAACUUUCAAUAUCGUCACCGACGUUUGGGCAUUUGGAUGUGUUAUAUUUGAAGUCGAGUAUACAUUUUUAAGCCUGCAAGCGCUGUUCGCUAAGGGAGAAAACGUGGAAUUACCCAGUGGAUACAAUAUGGAAACGUAUCUGGACGACUUGUUCUAUAUGUGUACCAGCUAUAAACCAAAUGAUAGGCCGUCAUUUGACUACAUGUUCAAAUUCUUUCGCGAAUUACUGUUCGACUUCGCUGUUGGACCCGAAGCUGCCAUCAAGCAGUACAUCAAGAAAUCGAAACGACCCAAACAUAGUUCACACCGUAAAACAGUGAAAGACUCGUAG